AUGAGGAGGCAAAAGAGGAGAAGGGGAAACGAAGCUUUCAUUAGCUCUUGGUGGGAUGCAUCGGGUUAUGAUAUCGACAAAUUGAAAGAGGUGCAGGACCCUGUUGGAUGGAUGCCAGAUGUGCGAACUAUUAAGGUCCGAAAUUCCACGUAUCUGUGUUCUCAGUUUAAUCUGUUCAUUGUUGGUCAGUGCAUAAAUCGAAAAAUGAGUGCAGUAGACGAGCGUGUUGCGGAAAAAAGGAAGAUGGAUGAAAAAGAUGCUGAGAAUGGUGUUGCAGCCAAAGGAGCCAAGCUGGAAAAUGGAAUUACGGCUGCGGUGGGUGGUGAUACUCAGGUGAAAGAUUUGAAGGACAAGAAUGCUUUCCUCAAAGAGGGUAGUGAUAAAGCAACAAAUGAAAAUCAUGAUGGCGAGCAUGAAGAGGAUAUUGAGGAUGGAGCGGAUGGUGAGGAUGGCGUUGAAGAGUCCAGUGGUGGAGAAGAUGAUGAAAGUUUAGGCGAUGAAGAAGAUGCAGGUAGCGAUGAUGACGAGGCAAGUAUUGUCUCGGAAGAAAGUGAUGGUCAAGGUGAUGGUGAUGGGGGGGAUUUUGGAGAUGACGACGAUGUUGAAGGUGAAGAUGGUGGUGAAAGCGAGGAGUAA